AUGCCAUGGGGAACCUCAUCUAAAUGUUUUAAUAGUUCAAAAACAAGCAGAAUCACCCUUGUUGAUCUAGCUGGACUUGAUAGAAAUAAAGUUGAUGAUGCGCGCAGACAAGGUGUGAAGGAAGGCAAACAUGUGAAGAAGUCCUUAUCACAACUUGGGCACUUGGUUAAUAUUCUAGCAAAGGCUGCUCAGUCUGGAAAUUUGGAAGAUAUUACAUAUAGAGGUUCCUGUUUAACACAUUUACUGCAAGAAUCACUUGGUGGCAAUUUAAAACUGACUGUUCUCUGUGCCAUCUCACCAGAAAACAAAAAUAGUGGUGAUACACUGAGAACUCUCAGAUUUGGACAACGAGUAAAAUUCAUUAGAAACGAGCCUGUAAUAAAUGAAAUCACAGAGGAUGAUGUUAAUGGUCUCAGUGAUCAAAUUCAUCAGUUGAAGGAGGAACUUAUAAGAGCAAAGUCUAGUAAAUCAGUAGGAAGUCAAAAUGGAUAUUUUCAAGGGCAUAAUGAUUCUGAUGAAGAGGUAAAUGUUGAUGAGGAUGAUGUAAGGGAGAUUCGUCAGCAUCUAGAUAAGUUGCAUAGCUCUUCUGAAGACAAUAUUAGAGACAAGCCUGUUAGUAGGGAUUCCAUCCAGUUUUAUUCAAUGGAGGAAAGUGGUGAGACAGACUUGAUGAGUGAAGUAAGUAUGACUGAAGAAGUCUAUAUGGAAGAACCUUGGAAUGAACUUCCUCAGAUGGCCAAUGGUUCUAUGGAAGACAAUUUUGUAAGUGCUGCUAACACCUUAACAGCUUCUGGUCCUGCAACCGGAAGGAGCAUUUCAAUUAGCUCAUGCUGUCAGUCCCCACUCCUCCAAGACCCACCAUUGUCUGAAUCUCCAAAAAUUGGAAAUAUACAAAGGAAAAGCAUGAAUAUAUCAUCAUCAAGUCAUUUAGUAAGUCAGAACAGUGUUUCAGAAAGUUCCAAGUUCAACUUGGAUGUUUUAAGACACUCACUUAAACAGAGUGAGCAGGUCCAUUCUUCUUUGCGGUCAAGCAAGACAUUUGCAGGCCCUGCUGAGACCUUGGCUGCUAGCCUUCACCGAGGCUUACAGAUUAUUGACUAUCACCAACGGAACUCUGCAUCAAAAAAAUCUUCAGCCAAUGCUUCUGUUCAGACACUACCAGAAGAGAGACCAUCUUCAAAUGGACCAUCUUCUUCUUUCCUUUGUACAUCUUGCCAACGAAGAAUAUCUGAGAAGGAUUCCAAUGAGGUUAAGGAUAGCUUGAAGACAUGGAUUGUACCUGUUGAUGAGGCAGAGAAUCCCACUCAAUUGACAGAUGAAGUGCCUCAAGAUGCAGGCAAUGCUAUGAUAAAAGGUCUUAAGCGAGAGGAGCUUGAAAACGUGUGUGUGGAGCAAGCUGCCAAAAUUGAGCAGUUGAAUCGACAGGUAGAGCAGUACAAACUGAUGGAAGAAGAACACAGUCAAGAAAUUAAUAAACUUCGCCUUGAGGCUUCAAAGAAUGAAAUAGUUCCGUUUAAGGAUUCCAAGAAUGAUGAUUAUCAUUCACAGAGGGGUGAAGACAAGCUUUUAAGGUACAAUUCUGUUGAAAAUUAUCAGCCGGAGAUUAUAAAGGAAAAAUGUAAAAUAAAGGAAGUUGUGGUAGCUGGGACUGGGAAUCAAUAUUUUGAUCUGAAUGAGAAGGAAGCACUUCUUAAGGAAAUUGAAAGUUUAAAAAGCAAGUUGCAGUCAUAUUCUGAUCCAUCUUCUAACAAGUCUAAUGAAAAAUUGAGAUCCUCUUGUUUCGCCAUCAUUCCAAUUACAAAAAAGUGGUGUAGAUCAACUCGGUUAUAG